AUAUUAUUGUGACCUUAAUAAUUGUAAAGAAUAUCAAUCCAUUUGCUUACAUUGGACUGAUCACGCACACAGCCUAACAGUUUACAAUUACUACCCCUUACCGCCUAGGCGAUUAUCUGAAAAUAUAAAUUAUCUGCUGUCUAAACAUCUGUACUAAAUUUUAAAGAAUUACUUGACAACAAGGGAACAGAAUUGCUCCGAAGAUUUCGUCGUUUUCGUAUACUCGUAUUUAACAUAGUAUAUAGAAAUCAAAACAAAUAUAGGAAAAAUACACAAAUGUAUUCAACAUUGUUCUUUGUUUUGUUUUGAUUUUUCUGAUGUUUCUGUCUUCAUAUGAAUAUCUAAGCGAAUUCUAGUCAAAAGACCACAAAACAAUAAAGGCUAAAAAGCAAAUUGCGUCAAAAUUAUAUGUCCACCACCACACUGCCCAACAGUUGGAAGCGAGAAGCGAGUAUAAACAAUAAAUAACCUACUAAGUGCAAUACAACAAAUUGUAUUUUCAGUUUGUUUGACUAUCAAUUUAUUUAAUUGCACAUACUUACGUCAGACGCAGCCAGUACGUAAACUGGAAGAAAAAUACAUCAGUUACUAACCUGUAAAGAAAACAGACGACAAAAAUAUAUAUUAUUUUUAGAACAACAACUGUUUAUAUACUGUGCUCAACAAUCGUCAGAUAUGUUGACAUUCAGUGCAAUUCGCAGUAGCAAUUGUGCUCAAUUGAGUACUAUUUGCAGAAUAUUAGCAACAUCGCAACGAAAUCAAUCUUCUUGCUUUACUUCUUCCUCAUCGACAAGUACAUCAAACGAAAGCGAUCGUAACAGCAGCACCAGCAAUAAUGACGAUGCAACCCGGAAGACGAUAAAAGAAACUAAAGGCAGUUCUAUAACGGAUUCUGAGAUUAAGAAAUCUGUAUUCAUUUCGCAAUCGUAUGAUAUUUUCACGAAUUUAGCAUUAGAAGAUUGGCUUUACAGGCAUUUUGACUUUAAUCGUCAUCAUGUUCUUUUGCUCUGGGCCAACGAUCCUUGUGUUGUUAUUGGACGUCAUCAGAAUCCUUUCACCGAGGCUAAUGUUUCGAAACUUGUCGACAAGGGAAUAACUUUGGCGCGCCGUAAUAGUGGCGGUGGAGCUGUAUAUCACGAUCGUGGUAAUUUAAAUUGUACAUUUUUUACUCCACGAGAACGUUACAACCGUAAAUACAAUUUGAAUAUAUUGACUCGUGCACUUUUCCGCGAAUGGGCUAUUAAAGCCGAAAUAAACAAACGUGAUGAUAUUAUCAUCAAUGACAAGAAGAUUUCUGGAACUGCGGCUAAAUUGGGCCAUCCGAAUGCUUAUCAUCAUUGCACUCUAUUAGUGAGUGCUAAUAAAUUACAUUUGGGAGAAGCUUUGGUUAAAGAAGAUGCAAAUUAUAUUAGCAAGGCAACUGCUUCGGUACGUUCACCAAUAAGAAAUCUCUGCGAUGUAAAUCGCAGUGUUAAUGUUCCACAAUUGCUGUCUGCUGUGGGCUAUGAGUUUUUGCGUACAUCUGCGACUGAGCUGGAAGAUGGUGGUAGCACUCAAACAAUGAAACAACGUGGAUUUCAAUUGGUCAAUCCGACAGAGAAAUGGUUUCCUGGUAUUGAAGAAUUGCGCCAGGAAUUUAGUUCAUGGGAUUGGGUUCUUGGUAAAACACCCAAGUUUACAGUAGAAAAGGAUUUGGCACUUAAAGCGGACGAUGAGAAACAAUUAAAAAUGAAACUUGCCGUUGAAGUCGAUAAGGGGUUGAUGUCUGAAAUUACAAUUACAAUGCCUAGCGGUGAGCGUAUACCAGUCGUUUCUCAAUUACAAAACAAGCCGUACAACGAAAAAAAUCUGAAUGGAAUUAUUAAAGCCUUAAAAUUGGUAUCAACUGAUAAUGUUAAACAGGCCAUUAAUAGUAUGUGAGAAUUCAAAUUGAUUUAAGUUUCGAACAUAUUUUAUCAUCAAUAAAUACAUUUUUAAUCGUUACACUUUUUACGAUCAAUUGUUAUAUGCAAAUAAUGUUAGUUUUUUAAAUAUUUUUUUGUUAGUUCUUAUCAAUCAUACUAAAUAUCAAAUAUAAUUUUUAUAUUUUAUAAUACAUUAUUAUUUUUUAUUUAAUAUUCAAAAUAAAAUAUAUAAAAUUUUGUAAGCGUA